AUGGGAAUGGUGAACUUGAAAAUUUCGUUACUGAAUUAACAAAUUUAUAAUAAUUGGAUUUAACAAUCCCAGAAAAAACAUUACCAAUCCAAUCUAAUGUAACUUUAUUUUUGGAAGUUCAAAACUUUGUUUUAAAGAAAACAGUUUAUAAAAUAUUAAUUCAAACACAUGCAGGAUAAUUUCCUAGUAUUUUAUCUAAUCUUAAACAGUAAUAUUAUACAUUUGAAUCUAUAAAUCUAGCUUUCACUUUAAAGAAGAAAAGUUGCAUAGAAAAUUCAACAGUAUCAAAUGAUAUUUCUCAAUAUUAAACUAAAUUUUAUGAAGUCUGGAGAAAUAACUCUAAAUCUAGGCCUUCAAAUAUCAAUUAUACUGAAUUAGUUAAUUCUAACCUAUUGGAAUUUAAUAUUCAAAGCUACUCUUUAAGUACUUGGACAGCUUAUACAUUUUAACUAAUUAUUUCAGAUCCUUCAAUUUAAUAUUAUUCCUAAAAAAUCGGGAAUUGUCUGUCAAUUUAAUGGAACAAAGAAAUUGCAAAAAUAUUUCGAUGUUACAUAUAUUUAUGUCUAAUGCAAAGAUCUCGAUGUUGAAUAGAAUUGGAAUGAAGAUCCAAAUUUGUCGAUAGCCAUCAGUUGUUUAGAUCUAAAUUCACAAGGCGAAUGUAAGGAUUCUAAAUAGUAAAAAAUAUCAAUUAAUUCUACUUAACCAAGUUAGGUUUUUCCUGAAGCUACCUUUUAGCCAUACACAAUUUAAGCGUGGAUUGUAAUUGCAACGAAGAAUUCAUUAUCAUACACUUAUAAAAUAACUAUUGUAUAUUUAGAAGUUGAUUUUAAAACCCUAGAUAUCGAUUAUAAUAAUGGAUAUUUAGUAAGGCCUGUUAAUAACUAUGAAGAUUUAAAAUUUACAUUUAAUAUACCGCUUUAGAAUAGAUAAUACCUUUUAGAUUAUUAAGUCGCAAUAAUUUAUGAUUUUUAAUUAGUUACAAUACUUAGGCCCUAAUAUUAUAAAUAUUCCUUUUAAUUAUAUGAUCAUUAUUAAUAAUUUAACAAAGGAGAUAAAUUUAACCUUAAGUUUUUAGCCUAAUAUACUAAUGAUAACAUUCCUGUCUAAGCAGACUUAGGCCUAAUUUUAAAUUAACCUCCAAUUUGUAGACUUCGAAUGCUAGAAUGGAAUAUCAAAGCUUUAGAGAAUCAUAAAAUGGCAAUUAAUUGUGAAUAAUCUGAAGAUAAACCUUAUCUUUAUUAAAUGAAGGUGUUUUUAUUUAAAGAUGAUUUUGAAGAGUUUCAAAAUAAAUCUUCAGAUAAUUCCCUACUUUUCUACGGUUUUUAGAAAUCUAAUAAUUUAGUAGGAUAUUUUCCUAAUGCAGAAAUAAAUGUAAUAUUAUAGAUCUUAGAUUAAAGAGGCUCGAUAACAAAUAUUCAUUAGUACUAAAAUAUCUCACAGAAUCAAAUUGAUUGUACAAAUUAAACUAUAGAACAAUUAAUAUUAAGGGAAAAAAUUGCAUGGAUAUUUGAAAUAAUGAUUAAUCGUUAAGAUGAAUUAAAUUGCAUCAAAUUGAAGGAUGAAUUAUUAAAAUAUAUUGAAUUAGGAAUAAACUCUAAAGAUAUUUAUGAAAAAUUAUUAGCCCAUCAAACAAUUAAUCUAUACAAAAAAUUAAUUUUGAAAUCAUAGGCUUCAAAAACUUCAAAGAGAUAUUUAGAAUAAAAUUAGCAAAAUGAAUGUUACAACAAUAAGUCAUCUCUCUUUAUUAAUACUAAUUAAGAACACUUCUAAAAAAACAGCACUAAUAUUUCAUCUUUGGCAAUAUCUUCCUAAAAGAUUGAAAAAUAAAUAACAAAUUUAAUAAAGUUAAAGGUAAAUAUGGAAAAAUAAAAUGCCUAAAAUAAUAUAAUUGUUAAUACUGAGUCUAUUAUGUAAAUUAAAAAUAUAGUCUAGAUGCUAUCAAUUUCAGUACAUUUGAUAGAUAAUUAAUUGUUAAUUAUUUCUUUGAAUGAAACUUCUGCGGAGAACUAAGAGCAAGUAGCAAUUAUAUCUGAGAAAUUAAUUAUAUUAAUUGAUAAUAUUACAAUUCAUAUUAGUGACAGUGUAUAAGUGAAUGGUUAGGUUUUGUUGAUUCAAGGAUAAAUUUUGAAAUUCUAAUUGUAAAAGCUUACAAAGUCGAAGCAUAAUUUAAAUUUUUAAAUACAUGAUGAUUACCUAGAUAAUUUAAUUACAUUCAUUUAGAAAUAAUAACUCAUAGUUUAUUACAAUUACUAUAAUCUAUCAUAAACUUACAGAACUAUGCUACAAAUUUAUUUAAAUAGAUCAGAUUUUGAGAUAGAUUAAAAUCAUUACGUCAAAACUAUUUUAACUAAUUUUCUUUAUACUAAUCCCUAAAUGAAUCAGCAAGAAUUAAGUGGUUAUUAUGGAAUUGACUUGACAGAAUUAUAAUAUUGUGAUCCUUUAAACCAGUUUUCUACAGUUGUUGAAUAUAAUUAUUAGUGUAUAAAUUAUAUAAUGGAAAAUAAGUUUGAAAAUUGUCAUUUAGAAAUGUAAGAAGUUAAUAAUCAAAGAGCACAACUAGUUUGUAUAUGUAAAUCAAUAGGAAAUUUAUUUUUGAUAAAAAGUGCUCAUAAAACAGUAACAUAAAAUAGUACUACGGUAGCAAAUUAAUUGUAAUUUGAUUUUUCAUCAAUUAAAUUAAUUGACUAAGCUUUUCUAUUUGUCUAGAGCGGAGUUAUUUUAUCAUCCUUUUUUGUUUAUUUUUUCCUAUUAUAUAAAGAUUAUAACAAUUAAAAGGAUAUUGACUUAGAACAAAGUUAAAGCGAAAGGUAAGAUACCCUAGAGCGGGGUUAGAAGGUAUUUGGCAGAAAAUUUUAUCCAGGUCAUAUCUUUAUGUUUAAAGCAGCUUUCAAAGUAAAUUACUUAAUUAUAAAAAAGCAUAUCCAUUCAAUAUUGCAAUUUUUUUAAGAUGAAGAAAGCAAUGUGAAAAAAAGCUUUAGAUUUUUAUUGUUUAGUAAUUAAUUAAGCAUUUUAAUAUUAAUAUCUAUUUGGGAAGUCCUGGCCUCCAAUUUAUUAAUAAUUAAUGCCCAAAUUAACCUUCUUAUUUUAUUAGGCGUUAGAGCGAUUUCAAAGAUAAUUUAAGCUAUUUAUUAGUUAGGAGGCAAAAUUGCAAUAGCAAUGGUACUACUGUAUUUUUGCCUUCCUGUUUUGUAUUUAUUCCUUACUAUUAUUGUAUUAAAUUAAAUUGAAUUAAAUAAGACUGACAUGGAUGUUUAAAUAACUUUAAAUCUAUUAAGCACUUUAUUUUUAGUAUUUUUCAUAGUUGAUCCGAUCUCAAUUUAUAUAAGAAUAGUUUUAUAUAAAACUUACUUUAACAGUGUUAAGAAUAAUGAGUAUAUUCCAAUAAACCAUUUCAUUUAUUUCUUUCUGCAUCAUAGUAGAAUAAAUAAAAUUUAUGAAUAACUCUAAAUCAGAUGA